AUGUUGGAUGGGACUAUCGCGGAGAUCAGUACGCUGAUUCAGUCGCGGCAGCUGUUCGUGGCCACCGAAGACCAGGUGGCGCAUGCUGUGCUGAGCUGGCUGAAUCAUUCAUCCGGCCGCCACCAGCACGCGGCGGCGCUGUUCGCUCAGCUGAAACUGGGCUUCCUUUCUGCGGAUUAUGUGGCGGGCCUGUCUGGGCAUCCCCUGGAUCAACAACUACGGGAGGCCGCGUUGGCUGCCGUCAGUGGCAAUUACGAGCGGCGCAGUUCAUACGAAAUGGUUGUCGUCGCGCUGGUCCACAGCUGUUGUCGCCUGGUCUUCCUUCAACCGCAGAGUGUCCACUGCUGUAGCGUCCGCUGCCCUGCGCCACCUGCACGAUGCGCUAUUCCGGCCGUUCACGCUGGGAGUAGUGGUGAUAUUGUGAUAACCACUUUCCGUAGUGGCCAGACCGGACUGACAACGGAGGUGUUCCGCUAUCACGCCGCCGCGGACCAGUGGGUUCCUCUGGCUCCCUGCAGCCUGUCCAUGUCGAAAAUGUCGUUGUUUUUCGGUGGAACGGAUUUAUAUGCCAUUGGAGAAGAAAGGUUGUAUUGCCAUCAUGAGGAGCCGUCUCGAUGGGAGGCCAGAAAGGAGAAGCCGACGCGGAUAGGGGACAGCGGACAUCUGGUGUAUGCAGGGCAGCUGUACAUUUUCGGAGGUUUAGUGGACGCACCGGGUGGUCGGUCGGCAGCCACUGACCGAGUCCUGCGUUAUGAUCCUUUGCCGAACAAGUGGUCAGAGUUGGCGCGGAUGCCGACGGCACGUUAUCGCCCCCAAGUGUGCGCGGCUUCCGAUGGGCUGAUCUAUGUUGUGGGUGGAUACACGGAUUUUCCCACAUCAGCUGGCUUGAACUGUGUGGAAGCAUUCGACGUGAACGAUAAUAAAUGGCAUAUUAGACGAAACCUGACCACCGACAGAGAGACAUUCGGCCUCGUCCUGUGGAAUGGGCAGUUGUCCGCGCUCGGCGGUCUGGCCCGUCGGCCGGGCCAGGCCGACGCCGGCCCGUGGAUGGAGCAGUACGACACCGCCUCCGACACGUGGACCGCGGCAGCCACAGCCAAACCGGCCGCGAUGACUAACGGCGAUGUUGGCUGCGUGGCCAUUCCCCGCUUCAGCGCCUGGCUCACCGUUCUUCAGCUGCCGACGCAGGCGGUCUGGUCCAACUUUUCGGCAAGUUGA